AUGACGGUGAUGUCGGGAGAGAACGUGGACGAGGCUUCGGCCGCCCCGGGCCACCCCCAGGACGGCAGCUACCCGCGGCCGGCCGAGCACGACGACCACGAGUGCUGCGAGCGCGUGGUCAUCAACAUCUCCGGGCUGCGCUUCGAGACGCAGCUCAAGACGCUGGCGCAGUUCCCCAACACGCUGCUGGGCAACCCUAAGAAACGCAUGCGCUACUUCGACCCGCUGAGGAACGAGUACUUCUUCGACCGCAACCGGCCCAGCUUCGACGCCAUCCUCUACUACUACCAGUCGGGGGGCCGGCUGCGGAGGCCGGUCAACGUGCCGCUGGACAUGUUCUCCGAAGAGAUCAAGUUUUACGAGCUGGGCGAGGAGGCCAUGGAGAAGUUCCGGGAGGACGAGGGCUUCAUCAAGGAGGAGGAGCGCCCCCUGCCCGAGAAGGAGUUCCAGCGCCAGGUGUGGCUGCUCUUCGAGUACCCCGAGAGCUCGGGGCCCGCCCGGGUCAUCGCCAUCGUCUCCGUCAUGGUCAUCCUCAUCUCCAUCGUCAUCUUCUGCCUGGAGACGCUGCCCGAGUUGAAGGAUGACAAGGACUUCACGGGCACCGUGCACCGCCUCGACAACACCACGGUGGUCUACAGCGUCAACAUCUUCACGGACCCCUUCUUCAUCGUGGAAACCCUGUGCAUCAUCUGGUUCUCCUUCGAGCUGGUGGUGCGCUUCUUCGCCUGCCCCAGCAAGGCGGACUUCUUCAGAAACAUCAUGAACUUCAUCGACAUCGUGGCCAUCAUCCCCUACUUCAUCACCCUGGGCACCGAGAUAGCUGAGCAGGAGGGGAACCAGAAGGGCGAGCAGGCCACCUCGCUGGCCAUCCUCAGGGUCAUCCGGUUGGUAAGGGUUUUUAGAAUCUUCAAACUCUCCCGCCACUCUAAGGGCCUCCAGAUCCUGGGCCAGACCCUCAAAGCCAGUAUGAGAGAGCUGGGGCUGCUCAUCUUUUUCCUGUUCAUCGGGGUCAUACUGUUCUCUAGCGCAGUGUACUUUGCCGAGGCGGAAGAAGCUGAGUCGCACUUUUCCAGUAUCCCCGAUGCUUUCUGGUGGGCGGUGGUGUCCAUGACCACCGUAGGAUAUGGUGACAUGUACCCUGUGACAAUUGGAGGCAAGAUCGUGGGCUCCUUGUGUGCCAUCGCCGGUGUGCUGACAAUUGCCCUGCCCGUACCUGUCAUCGUGUCCAAUUUCAACUAUUUCUACCACCGAGAAACUGAGGGGGAAGAGCAGGCUCAGUGGCUCCACGUUAGUGCCCCUAACUUAGCCUCUGACAGUGACCUCAGUCGGCACGGCUCCUCCACUCUCAGCAAAUCUGAGUACAUGGAGAUCGAAGAGGAUAUGAAUAAUAGCAUAGCCCACUUUAGACAGGCCAAUGUCAGAACUGGCAAUUGCACCGCAGCUAACCAAAACUGCGUUAAUAAGAGCAAGCUACUGACUGACGUUUAAACAGCCAAGCAAAGCAACUAAAAAGCCCCCCACUUAGCAGCUUGAAAGACUUAAAAGACCAAACCAAACCAAACCCCCAGUGACCCAGGUCACUCCUUGUAGAUACUCUACUAAAUAGUCUUUGAAUGCUCUAUUGAACUGUCGAUGCAUUGUUGCAUUGCCAGUGCUGGGGGGUGGCAAACCCGAAGCUUUCAAGAGCCAUGAAAAAGAGAAACUAUUUUCAUUUUAUUAAAAAAUGGGAAAAGAAAGUGUAUUUUCUAAAACCGGUUUAAAAUCACUCAGUCCAUGAACUUGUCUAGGUAAAAUGAGGUUCAUAUGCUUCCCUGUUUUUAAUCCUUGGUGGCUUCUUUAAAUUUUUUUUCUUUCUUUCUUUUAGCUAAGAAUCAGAUGAUCGCUUAGAAAUAUAAAAUUAAAAUUUGCAUGGGACUCCAAUAUGAAAUCUUGGCAAACUGCACAGCACAUUUUAAGAUGGGGCAUCAGAUGUAUUAUGUGCAACAUGAUACACCAGCCGAAACGGGCAACGAACAGAUGUUUUUAUUUUGCUCAACCGAACUGCAUAUUCCAAGCGAACUGCAGAAAGUGCCUCCGUUAACACAGCUGAGAAGUUAUGUAACACAAGGGAGGAAGGCUGGGGCACAGAUAUCUCGCUUUCCCUUUUUCCACCCUCGCUCUCUCACUUCGCACUGCGGGGACGCCGCGCCAUCCUGCGCCCCAGACAGGAGAGACCCGGGAGGGGUCUCUCUGGCCAUCCGCUGGACUCGGCCCCUUUGGCAGCCAGACGUGGGAUGGAAACUGGGGCCCGAGACCCAUCUUUGAACUUGACACAAACCUCGAACUUGUUUUUUUCCUCUUCUCUACCAGAAGCCAAUAUAAAACUCUUGGGGAAUUUGUUUCCCAUCAGGGGUCACUCUGGACAAGCAAGGCUUCCUCGGGUCCAGCCUCGCGGUCCUGGCGUAUUCCCAUCCUCCUCCUCUGCCUGCAGAAGCAUGUUGCCACUCUGACAGUCUGAUCUUUGCAGGCAUCGUUGUGGAUGUGGGAACAGUCAGUUCAGAGUAAGCUCUCCUAGGCCUUCCCUCCUGGCCCACCCCCCCUUCAGCUAGUUCCUAGGAUGCUGCUAUAAGAUUCCCAUCCUGGCAGUCACCUCGCGGGCUGAACAUCUAACUUCUGUCGCCCCUGGCACCCAGUCCAGAGAAUGGCGGGGACCCUGUGCUUACCAGAAAGAGAGCCGCGUCUCCUGGGCCUCUGGAGGCCAGCAGCCGUCCACCGACGGGAAGGCACUCAUAGCUCUUUGAAGGACCCAAGGUGGGCAUCCUCAAUUCUGCACUUAGCAUGUGGCUGCCUGUUGCUCAACGCCUUUCAUUCCUGCGCUGCUGCUUCUGGAAAUCUUCCCUGGGACUCCGCCCCACCUCCCAUCCUAGCCUAGAACGAGCAGCGAGGCAGUAAACCAAGAAACUAGAGUUACACCCAGGCUGGCUGACACCUUUGAAAGAAAGAACGUGGAAGUUGUAUUUUCCUGCGCGGCUUCUGUGAAUCUGUAAGACAGACGUGACACACACCAAGGAAGACAGGGGCCAAGGGCCGUACGGUGUCCGCACAGGACAUUCAGUCCUCCCUGUGAUGUUUCCUUGAACCUUGACUCAUCCUGGCUUUUCCUCUCCUACCUGCUUCUUAGUCUCCAGUUGGGAAAGAAAACGCCAACGUUGCCCACGUCUCUGGGGAUUAUCUUGAUCUUUUAUUUAUUUAGACUUUGAGGUCUAGGACACCCCGAACUUGAAACGCUACACUCUGUCAACAGCAAUAAUCUGCUCGGUACUGUGGGAUGGAUGGGUCAGAGGAUGAGAAAACAGGACCAGAACUGAAGAGACUCACUCUGGCUACCGGGUGCGCCUGUCACAGCCAUACGUAGCACCGGGUGGAAACUUGUGCACGUAUUGUUACAGGGAACGGUGCUGCAUGCAGGGAGCCUGUCUGCCUGGGACGGGAGGAGCUUCUCUUAUGGAUCUGGGUGGUCUGGGGAAAAUGGAGGUCACUUAUUCAUCUGUAGCUCAUCAAAACCCAGUGAGUUAGAGGGGAGGACGGGAAUUACCUGUGUAGCAUAGGCAUGCAGAGUUUACCAAAGCUCUUUCCCCUUGCACAGGACUGAGCUGAAAUGUUUUUGUGGACCUGAAGGUGCACUUAACAAAACUACCUAUUACGGAAUGACUAUCUUUUUGGUUGAUUUCCUUGUAUUUAUUUUAUCAGGCUUUUUACCUUCCUGUCCCCUUCCUAGGUCUUGAGCUUUCACGGCUCUUGUCUUGAAUACUGAUUUUCUCCGGAAGGAGAAGACUUCUGACGUGCUGAUAGCCAUAGCUCAGCUCUUCUGGUGAAUUGAGGCCCUAGUUCCAUAGGGUGGCAGUGGAGGGGCUGGGUCACCCCGGGGCUGUUAGCCAUCCCAGAAUCUCUGAAGUGGUGAACUCAGCUCGAGUGAUCUGAAUUAGAGAGACCAAAGACAUUCAUUUCCUCUGUCCUCAGAUUCAAAGAAGACAGAUCGUAGCCAAGAAAGCCGUUUGUUUUUGCAUCUCCUCUUCUGCAUCUGUGCCCGGUCCUCUCUCACUACCCCCUUGAGAACUGAGUUCUAAUUAUCAGUUAAAACAGUUCAUCGGGAGCGUGCUAGCGAGUUAGCCUAGCAAAACCAAAUAAACCGAUAGCAAAGUCUUCUCCUGGAAUACGGCUGAUGCACAACAGUCAUUUCUCUAAAAUGAAAUUGUGCGGUUGGCUCAGAUUCCCCUCUGGAGGCUGGACUCACUUGAGAAUAAAGAAAAGAGAAUACAUGCAAAUGGUGAGUGAGGAAUAGAUUUCUUGAAGUAGAAAUUUGGUUCAGUCCAUCAAGGGCCUUCUUCAUGUUGUGCAUAGUUACAGAUUUUUCAAAGGAGUUAACCUCUGAAGAGCCAGUAGGAAUAGAUUCCUAACCCUCCCAUUUAAUAUAGGAGGCCUCAAAACACAUGCUUUUUAAAAAUCGAGUUCCUUGUUUGGUAGAUGAGGUUGAACAAAAUGAGAAAGAGAAGAAUCCCCAACUUUUUCCCCAGGAACAGCUCACUCCUGGCAGUGGGGAGAAUUGGUGAGGGAUAACCAUUCGGAGUACAAACUUGUUAGGACAUCAACUGCUAAAUAACCAUUUUAUCUUCCUGCUUUUUUCAAGAAAGGACGAAGUCUUUUGAUGUUUAUGUUCAUUUUCAGAAGACACACACAAAUUUUUAAACCCGACACAACCCAAGUUAAUCACCAUCUCAGGAGGUGGCCUCUGGUCCACCAUGCGGUGUAUUAGUGCUCGUAUUUAUACAUGGAAUUUCAGGGUAUACACGACCAUGUCCAGCAUGACUCAGGUAAACCUUAGAAGAAUGUACGUUACUUAUCAUUUAUUGUAAAGACACGAACAGCAGCUGAGUUGUUAACAACUGUUCCAUUACCUUGGGUCACCGUGCGAACUCAUUCAGGGUAUAGAUGUAAAGUUUGGAAGUCAGGGCAUCAAAUGCCAGUCUCUUUGCUCAGGCAUAAUGACCCUGGGCUUUCUUGGGAAGCUCAGGCCUAUGUGAAGGGGAGGACUUGCUGCCCUCAAGACUCUUAGCUUUAAGGAGAUUUGCCCGAGUUGCAGUGAUUUUCAUUUAGGGACUGAGUAGGAGUUAAUUUUUUAUGACAUGAGACUUCAAGGAGGAGAGAAAGGUUUUGUUCCACAAUCAGAGAAGGAGAAAUAGUGUAAGGAAAGAAAGGAAAAUGAAACACCAAAUCCCUUGUGAGGUAUUCCAGUUCAAAGCUGUCUCCUUUCCAACACUUACAGACAUAUCUUUCUUCUCUUUCCUGCACUGUUUAGGAACCAUUUUUUCAGUAGCUGUAGGUAGAAAGCAUGGGCUCUAUAUGACAUACCUCUAAUCUUACAGAUAAAGUCUUACCAAGGUUAAAAAUCCCAAUGGAAUAGUCUUAAUUUGAAGUGCACCAUCAGGACAACAAACCAUUUAAGCUGAAAAAGCACUAUUUCAUUUCUUGAGUUUGCCAGUUGCUGACACCUUGAGUUAAGGACGUGUCUCAUUUUCACCUACUGUGCAUUUCCCCUGCCCUAACCGUUUCAUAGGUCGGGUAGAGGACACUGAAUGUUACGAAUUGAGAACCUAAUUGAAGCGCAUAGUUUCCAUCUAUGCAAUUUUACUUGCUUCUGUCACUUUAUGAUCUGUUCAUAUUUGGC